AUGACAACUCAACCUCGCUUUGACAUCAAGUUACUUCGCAGGAGCUGUGACAUCAAAUAUAACAGCUUAUUUCCCCCCUCGUAAGUGGAGAACAGUAGGAAUAACGAACUGGCAUCUAAAUAGGGCACUUGGCAUUACGGGAUGUAAGUAUCCUGCAGGCGCAACAUCAUCACAGUACAGCGCCAUCCCGAGAGGCGUAAAAGGUUCUGUCUUCUAAGCCGAGUAAAAUGGAGAUCAACGGUGCAGUGCCCGAAUUUCGUCCGCGCGAGAUCACGCAGGAGAGUGUCGCGGCGGCGCUCAGGAACGACAAGGGAAGCGACGCUCGCCUCGUCUCCUUCGCGGUCCAGGAAUGCACCAAGAAAGGGGACAACUACGCGACGCUUGUGGCCAGAGUUAUUGUGAAUUACACGCUUUGUGAAACUGAUCACAAUGUGUCUUACGUCGUCAAAUACAACCCAAAACAUUUCAAAGCCUUUGAAAAGUUUGUUUACGUUCUAUAUAAAAAAGAAGCAAUGUUUUAUCAGUAUCUUGUGCAUGAUAUUCAGUCACAACUGCAAGAAACUGGUCAGCAACCAUUGCGGGUUCCUCGGUGCUUCCACACGUCCUUAGAAGAAAAUCAAGAGGUUGUCAUCCUCGAGGAUCUCCGACCAAGAGGAUUCAGGAUGUUCGACCGCAAGAAAGGCAUGGACGUCGCCCACACCAAGCUCGUCCUCGAGGAACUGGCCAGACUCCACGCAGCCUCGUACCUCCUCAAGGCCAAGAUCCCAGACCUUGCCGAGAAGUACCCAGUCCUGAGUCUGGAUUGGCUCAACUAUGCCGAUGACGCAAGAGAAGCUAUGUUCAAGACAUUUUCCAAGCAGAUGGACACAGUUAAAGAUAUGCUGAAUAAAGUGGGAGGGUACGAAGUGGCGGAGAACUGGCUCAGCAGAAACAGGGAGAGAGUGUUAGAGAUGCUGGGUGACCAUCUCGUUAGGGUUCCUCCGUUCGACCUUCUGUGUCACGGUGACUGCUGGAAUAAUAACGUGCUCUUUAGGUACAAUGAAGAAGAGGAUCCUGUGGAAGUAAUGUUACUAGACCUACAGAUGUGUCGCCAGGCAUCCCUCGCCACCGACCUCAACUACCUCUUCCACACAAGUCUAGAAGGCCAUGUAAGGAAAACAAACCUUGAGUCGUUUUUAGACAUUUACUACUCGACCUUCAUGGGUGUCACAGAAGCGGGGAAGACUGUCAUGCCCUUCUCUCGACAAGAACUUCGCCAGGAGUACAACAACCGCCUUCAAUACGGUUUGUUGCUGGCAAUGCUAGUGACCGUAAUCGUUAUCUGUGAAGGAGACAUCAACAAGGAGAACCAGGACGGUUUCACUGAUUCGAUAAGAGAUGUUUUAGAUGAGCUGGUUUCAACGUCCUCUAUAUUGCGUCCUAGAUUCCUAAGUAUGUUUGACGAAAUGAUUGAAAACAAAGUAAUUGAAUGAGGCAUUGAAAGGCAGGGUUACAUUUCUC